AUGACGACGUGUCGCUUCCCUAUGCUUCGAAUUCAAUCAGUUGAUUCUUCGAAGCCCAGACCGGGGUUUGGAACCAAAACCAAUCACAAGAGAAAGAAAAAGAACAACCUCAACCAGCUGUCUUCUUUUCUUGGAAACAAACCGCUGACCGAGGCACCUGGAUUAAAUUCCCGUUUUGAUGGGAAGGUCAAGAGAAAUCUUGGCGACCUUGAGUUUGAGGAACGUCUGGAAGCAAUUAGAAGUUCAGCACUUGAGCGGAAGAAAACAGUUGAAAAAGAGGAAUAUGGAGCAAUUGAUUAUAAUACACCUGUCAAAUCAGAGGAGAAAAAAAUUGGACUUGGAGCACAGAUUGGAGUAGGUGUGGCAGUAUUGGUAUUUGGUUUGGUUUUUGCUUUGGGGGACUUUCUUCCUACCAGCAGUGUUAGUCCUACUGAAGAUGCUGCACUAACCAGUAAUAAAUUGUCUGAAGAAGAGAAAGCAUCACUUCAGGCUAGGCUGAAAGAAUAUGAAGCAACACUUAGUAACAGCCCGAAAGAUCCGACUGCUCUUGAGGGAGCUUCCGUAACUUUAGCAGAAUUAGGAGAAUAUACUCGAGCUUCAACUCUGCUUGAGGACUUGACUAAUGAAAAACCAAGUGAUCCUGAAGUUUUCCGUUUGCUUGGAGAAGUAAAAUAUGAGCUCAAAGAUUAUGAAGGGAGUGUUGCUGCAUAUAAGGUUGCUUCCAAGGCGUCCAAAGAUCUUAAAUUUGAAGUUAUGCGUGGCCUUACAAAUGCAUUACUUGCUGCUAAAAAACCAGAUGAGGCUGUCCAAUAUCUUCUGGACUCUCGAUCACGUAUUGAUGCAGACAACCCAGAAACAAAGGCUGCAAGCAGUACGACUGGAAUGCAGGUGGAUCCAAUUCAAGUCGAAUUACUUCUUGGAAAAGCCUAUUCAGACUGGGGCCAUAUUAGUGAUGCUGUCUCUGUCUAUGAUCGGCUCAUCUCUAGUCAUCCAAAUGACUUCCGUGGUUACUUGGCUAAGGGAAUUAUAUUAAGAGAAAAUGAUAAAGGUGGAGAGGCAGAGCGGAUGUUUAUACAGGCACGUUUUGAAUUAGAAUGUGACCGUAAACUGGAAGGCACUUGUAGCCGGGUAUUCAAAAUGACGACCAGAAUCUUGAAUUAGAAUGUGACUGAAUGGAACACAUGGGAAGAGAGUUGGGAGUGGGAUAGGUAAAGAGGUCCAAUCCUCUACAUUGUAACAAAGUUGUAAUCAAAAGGUUUCUUGUGCUACCCCAUUUAGACUAUUUAGCAUAAUUGUAUAGAAGUGGAGAUUCAUGGUACACAAACACAAUAAACGAGCUGUGCUGCGAAUAAACAGAUGAUAGGUUUGGAUCAA